AUGGACUGGGGCAACGCAAUCGUCACGGCCAUCUCCAAGGAUGUAGACGGCAAGGUCACGGCCCUCACGGGCAAGCUGAAUCCAGGAGGUGACCCCAAGAAGACCAAGCUGAAGCUCACGUGGCUCGCAGACAUCCGGCCAGAGCUCACCCCGCUGCAGCUGCUUGAUUUUGAUUACCUGAUAUCAAAGAAGAAGGUCGAGGAGGACGACGACUUCGAGGCAUUAGUCAACCAGAUCACAAAGUACGAGACCGGGGCGAUCGGCGACCUGAACAUGCGCGCCCUCAAGAAGGGCGACGUGCUGCAGCUCGAGCGCCGCGGCUACUACAUCGUGGACCGCCCCUGGGCGGAGGGCGCGCCCGCGGUGCUGCUGCUGAUCCCGGACGGGCGCGCACGCACCAAGCCGGUGGGGCGCCCCGUGGCGCAGGGGGCGGUGACGGAGGCGGUGCUGCGGCGGUAG